AUGUUGAAACUACUUUGUCUACUGCUUCCUUUAGUAGCGGUGUCAGCCUCUCCAAUCGAUCUAGGGUCCCAGAAAGAUUACUUGGUAUUGGAUUUACCAGGUCUGAGCCACCUUUCAGAGACGCAAAGACCCACCAUGCACGCUGGACUACUGCCACUGAACUUGUCAUUUGUUGCAGAUGAUGAUACUGAGUACUUCUUCUGGAGGUUCUCCAAACAAGACGUUGAUAGAGCGGAUAUUGUUUUUUGGCUAAAUGGAGGUCCCGGAUGUUCCUCUAUGGAUGGUGCCUUGAUGGAACUGGGACCAUUUGUUAUCAACCCCAAGCAAGAAGUUGAAUACAACGAAGGAACGUGGGUGGAGGCCGCUGACGUAGUGUUUGUUGAUCAGCCAGGAGGGACUGGGUUCUCUUCGACUACAAAUUACCUCACAGAACUAACAGAAGUUGCAGAUGGCUUCGUCACAUUCUUAGCUAGGUAUUUCCACCUAUUUCCGGCAGAUGUGUACAAGAAAUUUACAUUAGGAGGUGAGAGUUAUGCUGGUCAAUAUGUUCCAUACAUUCUAAAGGCAAUCAUGGACGAUUUGAAGAGCGACUCUGGUCAGCUCCCUAAAGAGCUGUAUUUGAAAGGUGCACUAAUCGGAAAUGGUUGGAUAGACCCAAAUGAGCAGAGCUUGUCCUAUCUCGAGUUUUUUAUCAAGAAGGAAUUGAUCGAUAUCCAUGGCAGUUACAUGCCUGGUCUUCUGCAACAACAAGAAAAGUGCCAGAAUCUCAUCAAUCAUUCCAGCGGGGAGGCCUCCGAAUCACAGAUUUCGUACUCUGCAUGUGAGAAGAUACUUAACGAUGCUUUGAGGUUUACUAGGGACAAGAAGGCUCCUCUUGAUCAACAAUGCAUCAACAUGUACGAUUACACUCUACGUGACACCUAUCCAUCUUGCGGGAUGAGCUGGCCGCCGUAUUUACCAGACGUGACAGCAUUUUUGCAGAAAAAGUCCGUUCUAGAAGCACUCCACUUGGAUUCCAGCGCUUCAUGGUCUGAAUGUUCAGCAAGGGUUGGAAGCCAUUUAAAGAAUAAGAUUUCAGUUCCCUCUGUUGAUAUCCUUCCAGAUCUACUUCAAGAAAUUCCAAUAAUACUUUUCAACGGAGAUCAUGAUAUUAUUUGCAAUUGCAUUGGUACAGAGCGCAUGAUAGACAAGCUGGAAUUUAACGGAGACCAGGGUUUCACCGAAGGAACGGAAUACAUUCCCUGGUUCUACAAUGAAGUGAACGUCGGUAAGGUUAUCUCAGAGAGAAAUCUCACAUAUGUGCGAGUGUACAACUCUUCCCACAUGGUUCCGUUUGAUAAUACACCGGUGUCCAGGGGGCUUUUAGACAUUUACUUUGACAAUUUCGAAGAUGUCGAAUACAACAACGUUAGCGGCAUAGCCACACCAGUGUACGAUGUGGACAAGAACAUUACAUACAUUGACAGCAACGAUCCAAGGUUGCAGAAUGGCCCCAAAUCAUCGUCCACCGAUGAUUCAGCUGCCCACGGGAACCCAUUUUUCUAUUACGUCUUUGAAUUGUUUGUAAUUGUGUUGUUACUAUGUGGGUUGGUAUACCUCUACCAAUACUACAGCAACUCUGCACCCCAUUCAAUUUUGGCAGACAAACAUAAGAAAAAAUCCAAGAAUAAGAGCAAGAAUGUCAGGUUUUUGGACGACCUGGAAUCCAACCUGGAUCUUGACAACACAGACGAUAAGAAGGACAAUAGUGUGAUGAGCAAACUUCUCAGCUCAAUGGGCUACCAGGCGCAAGAACCUUACAAACCGCUAGAUAAGGGUGCAAACGCCGAUCUUGACAUUGAGAUGGACAGUCAUGGUACCUCGGAAAAGUAG